AUGGACAAUCCUACAAAUAAAAGAUGGAUGUAUUGUGAAAGAGUUAGUAAAGAAUAUUUGGAUGGAGUAGAGGAUUUUUUAAAUCAUGCCUUUUCUGAAAAACAAUAUGGAGAAAAAAUUGCAUGUCCUUGUACGGAGUGUGUGCUUAUCCAUCAAGUAAAUCGGGCUACAACAUAUGAUCAUCUUGUGGUUAAUGAUAUUAUACCAUCAUAUGAUACUUGGUAUUGUUAUGGUGAGUCUCUAAAGGGAUCAAACAAUGCUGAAGAAAAUAAUCGCAGUCAGUCAACUCAAAGUGGCGAUGAUAUGAGAGGAAUGAUACAUGAUGCAUUUGCAGGUGUUACACAGUUCAUGGAUACUGACGUUAGUGAAUUAGGUGGCAUGGAGCAAGACUUACAAGAGAAUACUGCUCAUCCAUUUGGAAAUCAACCUCAUCUAGAGGUGGAUAAGUUUGAAUGGCUCAUGAAGGAGGCAAAUGAAGAAUUAUAUCCCGGAUGUAAGAAGUUUAGCAAACUCUCUUUUUUGCUGCAUUUGUAUCGUACAAAAUGCAUGUUCAAGUGGUCAAAUGAAUCUUUUAAUUCUUUUCUUGGACUAUUGAAAGAUGCGCUGCCUGAAGGAGAAAAAUUACCUCCUUCUUUCUAUGAGACCAAAAAGAUAGUUGAAGGCUUGGGCUUAAAGUAUGAAAAAAUCCAUGCUUGUCCCAACGAUUGCAUGCUUUUUAGGAAAGAGUUUGCUAAUAAGAAUGUCAAUGAAUGCAAAAUAUGUGGGGCUUCUAGAUGGAAAAAUGAUGCCAGAAAAAUUCCAGCCAAGGUCUUAAGGUAUUUUCCUUUAAAACCAAGGCUACAGAGAUUGUUUAUGUCUUCAGAAAUUUCUAAAGAAAUGCGAUGGCAUCAUGAUGAGCGCACCAAAGAUGGAGUUUUACGACAUCCUGCAGAUUCUGAGGCUUGGAAAAAUUUUGAUAGUAAAUAUCCCGAAUUUGCUGGAGAUCCUCGCAAUGUGCGCCUAGGAUUAGCUUCUGAUGGAUUUAAUCCAUUUGGCACAAUGCGAACUGUUCACAGUACAUGGCCAGUGAUUUUAAUGCCAUAUAAUCUUCCACCAUGGAUGUGCAUGAAACAAGAGUUCUUCAUACUGUCCUUACUUAUUCCUGGACCAAAAGCACCUGGCAAUAAUAUUGAUGUCUUUUUGCAACCUUUAAUCGAAGAGUUAAAUGAAUUGUGGGAUGUCGGGGUAGAAACAUAUGAUGCCUCGACUAAGGAGAUAUUUCAAAUGCGAGCUGCUCUCAUGUGGACUAUAAAUGAUUUUCCAGCAUAUGGUAAUCUCUCUGGAUGGUCCACUUAUGGUCGGUUUGCCUGCCCUUCUUGUAACAUAAAUACUCAAUCUAGACGGCUCAAACAUGGUAGAAAGUUUUGUUAUAUGGGGCAUCGACGCUUCUUGAAGUCGGGACACAAAUAUCGAAAUGAUGCAAAAUCGUUUCAUGGGACUAAAGAAACAAGACCUGCACCUUGUCCAGUAUCCGGGUCACUACUGUUGAAUCAAGUUAAAGAUAUAAAAUUUACUCUCGGCCAGUCGAGUGAAGGGGUAAGUGGUGUGAUGAAAAAUACAUGGAAAAAGAGGAGUAUUUUCUUCAAUCUUCCUUAUUGGAAGUCUAACUUGGUGCGCCAUAAUCUUGAUGUGAUGCACAUAGAAAAGAAUGUGUGUGAUAACUUACUUUAUACAUUAUUGGAUCUUGGUAAAAAGUCAAAAGACAACUUAGAAGCUCGAUUGGAUUUGAAGGAGAUGAAAAUAAGACCAAGUUUAUGGCCUCAAUAUCGAGCUAGUGGGAAAGCAUAG